AUAUAACUAAAAAAAACAACAACAGAAGACUCAUCAUUUAUUUGUGUAUUCCGAUUGUUGUAUCUCUCUCUCUCUGCUAACAAUGGCGGAAUCGCGUGAUGAUCUAGCUGAAUCGCUACAAAACCUCUUCACAAGUGUAUCAACCAUGGUCAAAUCCGAGCUCCAGGGAACGAACAACCAUCUGGAUUUAUUGGAGAAGAUGAAUCUGAGAGUUGCGUCGGAGUUCGAUGAUCUCGGUGACGUGGCAGCCGGGCUGAGGGUUUUCGCGGAGCAGAUGAAAUCAAAAAGUGGUGGCUUUGAUGAGUUUGUCGGACAAAUUGACGCAAUCGAGAAACAAGUGUCCGAGUUUGAAGCUGUGAUCUCUGUCCUAGAUCGAUAUGUCUCUGUUCUCGAGUCCAAAAUUCGAACUGAGUAUCGUCAUCCUCAUCGUCGCUCUAAUGACUCUGUUGUUACAGAUUGAUUUGAUUCAAUUUAGCACCAACCAUUUGUAACAACAAUACUUUGUCAUCGUUUGUGGUAUGUUACUGAGAUUCGAACGUAUUUGGAUUUAGGCAUUUAGCUAAAAUUGAAGCUAGCUAGAUAGAUUUUGUCUCCAUUAUG